ACAGGCGAGGUGCGUUCACGGUCCAGUUCAGCUCAGCAUCUACGUCACUGCCACCGCCGCCGCCACCAUGUUGGAUCAGGAAGUGGGCAGAGUCGAAGCAGGACUCCCGAGCCGAGCUUAACGUUACAUGCUGCGUGGCUUUCUGGCUGCUCGAGGAAGGCGCUUCUCUUCGGAUCGGAUCGUUUUGCAGCAGCAGCGGCAGCCAUGGCGACUCUCACGCAGCGAACCUCGGGCCUCGUCCAGCGGAGGACCGAGGCCACUCGCAGCGCCGCCGCCGACAAGGAGAGGGAGUCCGGCGGGGAGGAGGACGAGGCGCGCCGCGGGGAGGAGGAGGACGACGACAAGGGGGACUCGAAGGAAACCAGGCUCACGCUGAUGGAGGAAGUGUUGCUGUUGGGCCUCAAGGAUCGAGAGGGUUACACGUCUUUCUGGAACGACUGUAUUUCUUCCGGACUCCGCGGGUGUAUGCUCGUCGAGCUGGCCCUCAGAGGGAGGCUACAGCUGGAGGCCUGCGGCGUGAGGAGGAAAAGCCUGCUCUCAAGGAAGGUGAUCUGCAAGUCAGACGCCCCGACUGGAGAUGUGCUACUGGACGAGGCGCUGAAGCACAUAAAAGAAACCCAGCCUCCAGAGACGGUGCAGAGCUGGAUAGAGCUGCUGAGUGGAGAGACCUGGAAUCCCCUGAAGCUGCACUACCAGCUGAGAAACGUUAGAGAGCGUCUGGCGAAAAACCUGGUAGAGAAAGGAGUGCUCACCACGGAGAAACAGAACUUCCUGCUUUUUGACAUGACCACACAUCCGCUCACCAACAGCACCAUUAAACAGCGUCUCGUCAAGAAGGUCCAGGAAUCCGUUUUGGAGAAGUGGGUCAACGAUCCACACCGUAUGGACAAGCGGAUCCUUUCCCUGAUCCUUCUGGCCCACUCAUCCGACGUUCUCGAGAAUGCCUUCGCCCCACUCCAAGACGACCAGUACGACUUGGGCAUGAAGAGAGUCCACACUCUGCUGGAGCUGGAGCCGGAGAAAGAGAGCGCAAAGCCAAACGCCAACGAACUUAUGUGGGCGGUGGUGGCCGCGUUCACUAAAUGAAAACAAACACCUGAUUGGUUGGACUGGAAGAUCUGGCUAUGGUCUGUGUUAUUUAAUUGGUUGAAGGACUUCACUUUAAUGAGACGGACUUCACUUUAAUGAGACAAUCUAUUUUGGUUGGGGAGCCUGUUUGUACGUCUAUUUCGGAUGACAUUUUGGUGGUAGUCCAUAUUAACCCAGUGCAAUCUAAUUGGUGGUGGGCUUCACCAAGUAACAUUUGGUUGGUUGGAACGGUCUCUGAAUGAAAAAUGACUGGCUGCUUUCACACAGGUGAGGUAAAUUAUCUGCCAUGCCACUGCUAAGCUGGAAUAUACUUGUAAACAUCGACACUACGAAGAGACGGGCCUCUGUUAAUGUUAGGUGACAUCAGAGAACGAAGCAGGUGGCAGCAGUAGUCAUGGUGAAAAUGAAGAUUUUGAUCGGGGUCAAGUUUCCCUCCACGCUAAGGAAACAUCGUCUCUCCAUUACUACAAGAUCUCGCCAGAGUUCAAGUCUCGGUCUCGUCUCCAUACUCUCCCACAUGCUUAUGCAAGGAUAAAGAAUAGCAAUUCACACUGCUAUUGAUGCUCUUUGCACUCACACAGGUCUCCUGCUUCCAUCAACUCAUUCCCACUUGUGUUUGGGAGUACAUGCUUAGGGUUACUGUUAGAAUAGACUACCUGAAUGUUUUACCAAAUCACUCUGUACUCCUCACUAAAUCCCCUCUUCUCCUUUCCUCCUCAUUGCAUUUUGAGGAGGACAGCGAGGACGCAAACGCUUUUAAGUUCAGUCGCUGCAUCAUUUAAGAGUGAGCCAGGUAAUUUGGCCCUCAUAGUCUGUGACCUAAAUGAAGAAUUAAACCUUGAGUCUAGCAAAACUCUCUUAUCUUAUUAGUUUGCUGCUUUUGCAAUGGGUCCAUUCUGUGUGUAUAGAAUGAGACUAGUCUUCCCUUUCUAUUUAUGUUGCUAAUCGAUGCUUGGAGUAGCCUGCCAUUUAUCAACUAUUUUGCACAGUCAGUAGCCCUGUAGGUAGGAUCGUAUUUAUAGAGAUUUUUUUCCUUGGGUUGAGUAACAUUUGUCAAGAUGAGAUUGAAAGUUAAGAAACCUUAACAACCGUGGUUUUAAAAACAGAAUCUCUCACUUAUUUUGUCUACAGCUUUAUGAAUACUUAAAUAUCAUUCCUUUUGGACAUGUAAAAAAAAAAAAAAAGAGGUUCUGCUCAUAUUUUUUAAGCGCGAGUUGAGAAGCAAACAGGGAUCAGCCAAAACAAGAUUUACGUCAUUAGUGGUCGCUUGUACAAACGGGCUGGAUAGUGAUAGUCGGACAGGCUAUUUUCAGUUCGGAAAACGUUAAAGGGUCAUUUAAUCUGAGUGAAAGAAAAUAUUUUCUCACUUAACACUAGUCAAGCGGGUAGUCUUAGCUUUUGAAAUGUGUCUCAGAGAUACCUGCCUCUAUCUCAGUACAGUGAGGGCAAGUGAAAGUUCCUAUUUAAGAUCCUAAUCAGCUGUAAAAAAAAAAAAAAAAACAUGCUGUCAUGCAGCAUUCUCCUUUCGAUUCACUUCAUGAACCAACAGAACAGGCUGAACCGACCCUUUAAGUUUCUCUCUUGCAAUAUAAUGUAUCUCUCAGUUUUCUAUGUCAUGUCAUAAUUAGAUGUUAUAUUUCUAUCUGAAAGGCCCGUACGGGAAUGUUGCAUUGUCUCAUACGUGCAGGUGAUGGGAGGGUUACUUGGACCCCAGAUGAAUUCUUGUUCAAGACUGAAACUGUUGAAUGACAUGCAAUUGAUUGGAACAAAAAUCUAUCUCCAAGCACGCUUUACUGCAGGUCUGAGACUGAAACUCAUGUUUUAAUGUAAAAUCCCGACUGUAAACAUAAUUUUUGUCUGAUGAGUAUGAUUUAUAUGUGUGAAGAUACAUCAACUUUUAUUUCAUGGCAUACUUUAUAGUUCUGUCUUGUUUUUGUUUUUGUUUUUUCUUUUUCCUACCUACAAAAUACCAAUAGGUAUGACGAAGUGUUGAGAUCAGUUUACAACAAAAAGACCAUGCAUGCUAUUGGUGGAGGGCUGGGGUACUUGUGGAUGUAGCUACAGAGAAAAGGCUUGUAUGUAAUUAUUAGUCAUUUUAUGUGUACGUUCUAAUGGAAUUCAAUGAAAGGGAUCUUCUCUCCUAUCCUGUAUAAUUCUGUAUGCUUUUAUAUUACCACACAAAAUAAAGUAAGGAUCCUUUAAGUGCCUGAAUUUA